UUCGAUUUAAAACGUCUCGCUCACGUGGAAAGCACGUGAUUCCCAAUUUUCGUCCCCGAGAUGGAGAAUCUAGCUAUUGGGGGAUUCCGCUAAAAUCCUGUUAGGGUUUCUUCGAUCGCUUGGGGCGAACUCUUUCGCUAAUCCUGAAGAUUUAACCCAACAAUUUCCUAAUUCCGCGAAAUAAAUCUCGGUUCGAUCGAUCCUUUUCAACAUGACGGAGUAUUGGGUUAGUCAGGGAAAUAAAUGGUGCGAGUUCUGCAAGAUUUACAUUGCUAACAAUAACUUAAGCAUCAGAACUCAUGAACUCGGUCAGCGCCACAAGGACAAUGUUGCUAAGAGGCUGGCUAAUAUGCGGAAGGAAAGCACUGCGAGGGAGAAAGAGCAGAAGGAAGCAGCUCGAGCCCUCGAGCAAAUAGAAACUAAAGCUAAGCGUAGCUAUCAAAAGGACGUAGCAUCCUUCCAAGAGGCAUCGAAAUCUGGCAGUGGUGCUAGUUUGGCAGCACCGGGAGAUGGUUAUGAAUUUGAUGCGGGUUCAGGAUACUACUAUAACAAGUCUAAUGGGUUCUAUUAUGAUGCAAACUCUGGUUUAUACUACUCCAAUGAUCUAGGAAAAUGGGUUACCCAAGAAGAGGCAUUUAAAUCUUCUUCGCAAAGUAAAGCUAAAGUAGAAGAUGAAGCGGGUUCCAAAGGAAGGGGAGGUCCAGCCCCAGGAAGGGUUGUUUCAACAUCAUUGAACCCUACAAGAUCCAUUAAAGGUGCUGCUCCGUCAUCGAUUGCUGUUAGUAAGAGGAAAAGAGACAAUGAGAAGCCCAAGGUGAUGUCGAAAGAGGAUGAAGCCGCUCUCAAAGCACGAGAGGCUGCACGAAAACGUGUGGAAGAGAGAGAGAAGCCGCUAUUGGGGCUCUACAAGUCGUAUCAACUUGGUUAGAGUAAAUGUGUGAAAACUUCUUUGGCUAUAUCAAAGGUAUGCUUUAAUAAGCAUAACCAUCAUUGUUGUCUAAAUCUGAUAAAAAUGUGAGCAAACAUGUUUGAUGAAUGUAACAUUCUUUGCCGGUAGUUCUGAAAUGAUGAAAAAAAAGAGUUGUUGUAAAAUGAAAAAGUCAUGUAUUCCCUUUUUUUUAGAGAAAGGUAACAUACUACUCGCUUUAUUUAUUUAUUUUUAGAAAUAUGAAUCGACUAGGAUUCAAAUUUGAGAUAUCGGGUAUCAACCAUUAAGCCUUUACCAUUUGCACUAGAGAUGGUCAGGAAAGUUAUGUAUUCUCAAUGAUCAUAUCUGCUAGCAUAUUUCUUCCAUGUAUUUUUUUACCUAUAUUUUAGUUGACAUGUUAGAUCUUAUACGAAGCAAA